AUGCCGCAGAUUCGGCUCAAUCGGGCGCAGAAGGAGGAGGUGAAGCAGUUUCGGACGAUCACCGGCGCCACGGAGAAGACUGCCAUUGAAUAUCUGAGGGCCGAGAGCUGGAACCUUCAGAACGCGAUCGACUUCUAUUACACCAGCCCGCCCGCCAUGCCGGCCCCCAAGAUUGACAGGAAGGCGAUUGAGAGGCUGUGGGCGAAAUACAGAGAUGCGCAGGGAGACACAAUGUUGGCAGAAGGCAUCAGUCUGUUCUGUGAGGACUUGCAAGUGGACCCUACAGAUGUGGCUCUGCUGGUGUUGAGCUGGCACAUGAAUGCAGAGGUGAUGAGCGAGUUCAAGAAGGAGGAGUUCGUUGAUGGUCUGAUGCAGUUGGGCUGUGACUCAAUCGAAAAGCUGCGGAAACGGUUGCCAGACCUGCGAGCAGAGCUGAACGAUGCUGAGACGUUCCCAAAGAUCUACGACUACGCAUACAUGUUUGCAAGAGAGAAAGGGCAGAAAUGCGUGCAUCAGCCCAUGGCCAUCGCCAUGUGGCAGCUGUUGUUCAUCAACUCGCAACACUGGGAGCUUCUGGACAAGUGGAUAGAGUUUCUGCAGACCCACCACAACAGGGCCAUCUCGAAAGACACCUGGGUUCAGCUCCUGGACUUCAAAAGGACCGUGGCUCCCGACUUCUCAAACUUCGACCCCAGCGGUGCGUGGCCAUACCUGAUAGACGAGUUUGUGGAGCACAUGGCCCCGCGGUCCGAAUCACAGUCGCAGUGA